AUGGUCCUCUUGGUCACCGGUUUCCGACGGAUAUUACGGCUGCAUCGCCUCCAGCGUGAGCCCAUCUCUCCUCCACGGCCGCCCAUGCAGACCGCGUUCACCUGGUUGGUCGCGAAAGAGUCACCAGCUUUGCCAGGACUGAGUCGCCGACGAAGGAUUAUUCUGGAAGACAACGGCUACGGGUCUCAGAUACCAGACUUUGCUCUGCGCGGACUCGGACGUGGUGACUCCGUCUCCUGCGCAGGACGACGAGGAGGCGCUGCGGCAAAACAAAAAGACUUCAAAAACUACCAGAGAGUUGUUGUCAACUGUGUCCAUCCUACCCAGGUACAGAGGCGAGCCCAGCAUCGGCGGCGGCGUCAGGCAGCCAACGCCCGCGAGAGGAAAAGGAUGACAAGUCUAAAUAGCGCCUUCGACCGCCUUCGGCACGUCCUGCCCUCCGCCCCCCACAAGCUCUCCAAGCACGACACGCUGCAGGUGGCGCUGUCGUACAUCAACGAGCUCUGGCGACUGCUCGACACAAGGAUAUUUUCCAAGACAUCAGAUGAUACAGUUACACAGUUAUCCAUACAUUAUGCUACGUGGUCUGAAAGGUUGUAUUACAUGGCACAAAUUGUACUGAACUGA